AAAGGUCUUAGAAGUAUCUGAGAUUUGCAAUCCUCCAUUAGGGAGGGUGAAUUAGAUUUUAGCACUUUAUUUUCAGGGGGCUAUAAAUUGAAAUACCUAGAGCUGAAAAGAUUUGCUCAAUAUGACGUAUUUUAAAAUGAGUCCAGGACUAGAACCCAAUUCCCCUUCAGAUUAAUUGUAAAUACUAGUAGUUUUACAGGCUGAACAUUAACUUCAAUGUGUAAAGGAUUAUUUCUUUUCUGUUUCCCCAAAUCAAAAUAAUACUGUCAUUUUAACCUCACAGGGAUACCAUGUGGCCACAUGGGAGAGUGUUUACCAAAAUAUUGAACGUGUUUUGGAGCAGAAGAAAUCCAAGUAAACUUUUUACCAGCCAAACAUCAAUGUGACUAAUGUCACAAGUGAUCCAACAACACACUUAUUUAUAAGAAAACCAUAUUUGUAAAAUCAUCUUGGCUAAUACUGAAAGCAGAGCUAACCUCCUCUUCUAUCCUGAGGCUUUAUAGAUUAAAAAAUAGUUAUAUAGAAAUAUAGACCCUCCCAUCCCCACUUAAGGAGUCUCAUCAUAUUCUUUUUGGGAAUUUUUCUAAGAAUUGAAAUCUCUAGUGAGUAAGACCUGUUUCAAAACAAACUGUGAACUGACUGGAGUAUUUAACAAAAUUCUCUUUGAAAUUACUUUCUGAGCAAAGAGAAUGAUGGUGUACUGUCUUUUAUAAAGGGACUUUUUAAUCCACCACACAAGUACUGGAUUUUGGCAUCAGGCAAACUUUUGCUCCGUUUCCAGCUUUGCAACCAAGUUUGAUUUUGAGAAGUUGUUUACAACUCUUUAAGUUAGAGGGGUUUUGCUUGUUUGUUUACCAUUUACUUGUAAAUGUAACUAUAUUGCAGAGUAAUUUUAAGGAUUAAAUUUAAUGCGUGCGAUUUCUAGAUCACUGUCUAGAAUGGGGUUAGGCUCAUUUCUUUAAAGCUGUCAAUGAGCCGUUUAUUGAAGCCCCACUUUGUGCUCAGCAUUGAGCUCAGCAAGAUUGGGGAUAUCAGAGUGUUCUGAGAAAUAUUCCCUCUGUUCAGCAUUUGUCUCUUAUACAGGAGGCUGUGCCUUUCACUUUGUGGCUACUGUCCAAAUUCUGGCCUUGGUAGUUCCACCAGGAGUAUUGCAGUUGCUUUCCCAUGAGCCCCUGGAACUCUAACCUCUUGCUUUUGCAUCUGUGUCAGCACCUGUCUUCCUCAGCUGCUACCUGCUAUUGGACCUGAUACCUUCGAACCACAGAUUCAGAUUUCCCUGUCUCCUCUGUCAGACCAGAACAAGGCAGGCAGCAUAUGAGCACGAAGCCUGAUAUUUUGACACUGUUGCAUUAACCCAGCUCUUUUCACAGCAGUGUUACCAGCUGUCUUGACCAGAAGACAUUUUGAAGCAGUGUGGUAAUAUGGAUUUUUUUCAGCAGCUAAUUCAGUACACUGAAGAACACCGACACCUGCCAUUACUGAAACUCUGGCUCGGGCCAGUACCUCUGUUGGUCCUUUAUAAGGCAGAAAAUGUGGAGGUAAUUUUAAAUAGUUCAAAGCACAUUGACAAAGCCUAUAUGUACAAGUUCCUAGAACCGUGGCUUGGCCUAGGACUUCUUACAAGUACUGGAAACAAGUGGCGCUCUAGGAGAAAAAUGUUAACACCCGCUUUCCAUUUUACAAUUCUGGAAGAUUUCUUAGAUGUCAUGAAUGAACAAGCAAAUAUAUUGGUUAAUAAGCUUGAAAAACAUGUUAACCAAGAAGCAUUUAACUGCUUUUUUUACAUCACACUUUGUGCCUUAGAUAUAAUCUGUGAAACAGCUAUGGGGAAGAACAUUGGUGCUCAAAGUAAUGAUGAUUCUGAGUAUGUUCGCGCAGUUUAUAGGAUGAGUGAUUCGGUACAUCAAAGAAUGAAGACACCCUGGCUCUGGCUUGACCUUUUGUUCUUUGUGCUUAAAGAUGGACGGGAACACAAAAGGAGCCUAAAAAUCCUACAUACUUUUACCAACAAUGUCAUCACUGAACGGGCCAAUGAAAUGAAGAGACGUGAAGAAGGUAGAAGUAAUGACGGGGACUUUCUUCCAACCAAAAAAAAAUACAGGGCUUUUCUUGACUUGCUUUUAAAUGUGACUGAUGACCAAGGGAACCAGCUGAGUCAUGAAGACAUUCGAGAAGAAGUUGACACCUUUAUGUUUGAGGGCCACGAUACGACCACAGCUGCAAUAAACUGGUCCUUAUAUCUAUUGGGAUCAUACCCAGAAAUCCAGCAGAAAGUGGACAAUGAACUGGAGGAAGUGUUUGGGAAGUCUGAUCAUCCUGCUACCUUAGAAGACCUGAAGAAACUUAAAUAUCUGGAAUGCGUUAUUAAGGAGAGCCUCCGCCUUUUCCCUUCUGUUCCUUUCUUUGCCCGUAAUCUUAAUGAAGACUGUGAAGUUGCGGGUUACAAAAUUGUGAAAGGCUCUCAAGUAAUCAUCGUGCCCUAUGCACUGCAUAGAGAUCCAAGGUACUUCCCCAAUCCUGAGGAAUUCGAGCCAGAACGUUUCUUUCCUGAGAAUUCAAAAGGACGUCAUUCGUAUGCAUACGUGCCCUUCUCUGCUGGACCCCGAAACUGUAUAGGUCAGAAGUUUGCCAUAAUGGAAGAAAAGACCAUUCUUUCCUGCAUCCUGAGGCAUUUUUGGAUAGAAUCCGACCAAAAAAGAGAAGAACUUGGUCUGGCAGGAGAGCUGAUUCUUCGUCCAAGUAAUGGCAUCUGGAUCAAGCUGAAGAGGAGAAACACAGUUGGAUCCUAA